AUGUCUAUUCAAAAGAGAGCCCCUCUUGGUCGCGUUCUUGUGAUCGGCGGCUGCGGUUUUCUAGGCCACCACAUUGUAUCCCUCCUCCAUGAUCGAUACAAUUGCACAAUCUCCGUUCUUGACCUACGUACAAAUCGAAAUCGACAUUCAUCAGGAGAGGUUACCUACCAUGAUGGCGAUAUAACCUCUAUCGAAUCUCUUCUCUCAAUAUUCAACUCCAUCAAGCCAGACGUCGUUAUUCACACAGCAUCGCCUGUCGCAAUUACUGGAACAAGAGAAUUAUUCCACAAAGUCAAUGUAGAAGGAACGAAGUGUGUAGUUGAGGCGUGUCAAAAGACUGGAGUGAAAGCUUUAGUUUUUACAAGCAGUGCCAGUAUCAUCUCAGAUAACACAACCGAUUUGGUUAAUGCAGAUGAGAGGUGGCCCGUCAUACCCGAGAAAUUACAACGCGAAUAUUAUUCAUGGACGAAGGCCGAAGCAGAGGCUAUAGUUUUAGCCGCAAACCGCGCACCAGAAUCUCCCCAACUCCUGACCGCCUCCAUUCGUCCCUCUGGCAUCUUCGGUCCUGGAGACGUUCAAUUAAUACCCGGCCUCCUUAAUGUUCACUACACCAAUCGCACUGGUUUUCAACUAGGCGAUAAUACCAACCUCUUCGAUUUUACAUUUGUCAAAAAUGUUGCACACGCGCAUCUCCUUGCCGCCGCUGCCUUACUAGCAACUGCUAAGCUCAACACAACUCCAUUAGAUAUUGAGCGCGUAGAUGGUGAAGCAUUUUUCAUCACCAAUGGAUCACCCGUUCCGUUCUGGGAUAUGGCACGAGCAGUAUGGGCAGCCGCGGGAUCCACAAAGGGAACAGAACAUGUGUGGGUUAUUGGAAAGGACUUUGGAUUAGGAUUAGCAGGAUUUGUGGAGGGACUAUUUUGGAUUGUUGGAAAGACACCAAAUCUAACAAAAAUGAAGGUUCAGUUCAGUUGUAUGACAAGAUACUACAGCAUUGAUAAGGCGAGGAGAAGGUUAGGGUACCAACCAUUGGUUCCGCUAGAUGAGGGUAUCAAGAUUACGGUGAAGCAUUUUGAGGAAGAAAGGGCGAAAGAAGGAGAGAAAAAGAGCCAAUGA